AUGCUCCGUGAUCACUGCUGUCUCCCCCACUUGCUCUCACUACCGACCACUGCUGAUGCUCCUCUUCUUGCUCGGUUUCUUUCUCCCGCGGACACUGAAACCCAACAACAGCCAAUGCCUAUCAACACCCUAACCACUUGCUGCCUCCCAUGGCGUAAGCCCUCCUGCAUAGCUGGCGUCUUUACCUUCCUCUUCCUCUUCUUGGUGCCUCUCUCGGUCUCUCAUCUCCUCUCCUCUCCUCUCCAGAUCAAUUGGAUGGCAUCUUUCCCUGGAACCCAAUAUCGAUAGCUUCACUGUUGCAGACAACAAACUGGUUCUGCUCAACUUUGAGGACGGCCGCCCAGUUCGAUGAAUCGAUCCGUGGAUCCAAUUCUGCUCUGCUGAAGCUUUGAUCUUUCUGAUUACAGAUGAUGCCAUUCCGGGAUGUUGCUCUCCACUUGGACGCCAGGAUGCUUCCAGGGCAAUAAAAUCUUGUUAAGAUCUCUAAUCACAUGGUAUUAUCUCGAAUUUAUGCCAAAGCUGCGGCCUUUUUAUUUUCUUUUUUACUUAACCUUGCCAAGUUGCGCUACGGAUUCGCCGCCUAUUUCUGACAAAAGCUCCUCCAUUUUCCUCCCAUUGGCGCAGCAGCAGCAGCUAGUCCACUGGAUGAUGCCUCCAAGAUUCAGAUGCCAAGAUUACCUCCUGCCGCUGCUGCUCGCCCUUUCGCCGGCCGCCGCCGCCGCCCGCGAGGUGGAGUACCACCAUUGCCACUGCGACGGCGGCGGCGGCGGCGGCGGCGGGGGGUUGUGGAGCAUGGACAGCAUCUUCAGGUGGCAGAAGGUGAGCGACCUGCUGAUCGCGGCGGCCUACUUCUCCAUCCCGCUGGAGAUCCUCUACUUCGUCGCCGGGCUCCGGCAUCUCCUCCCGUUCCGGUGGGUGCUCGUCCAGUUCGGCGCCUUCAUCGUGCUGUGCGGCCUCACCCACCUCCUCACCGCCUUCACCUACGAGCCGCACCCGUUCAUGGUGGUGCUCCUCCUCACCACGGCCAAGUUCUUGACGGCGCUCGUCUCCUUCCUCACCGCCAUCACGCUGCUCACCCUCAUCCCGCAGCUGCUCCGGGUCAAGGUGAGGGAGAGCUUGCUGUGGCUCAAGGCCAGGGAGCUCGACCGCGAGGUCGUCCUCAUGAAGCGGCAGGAGGAGGCGAGCUGGCAUGUCCGGAUGCUCACCCACGAGAUCCGCAAGUCGCUCGACCGCCACACCGUGCUCUACACCACCCUCAUCGAGCUCUCCAGGGUGCUCGGCCUCACCAACUGCGCCGUCUGGAUGCCCGCCGCCGGCGAGAUGUGCUUGACGCACGAGCUCCGGCGAGACGGCGGCGGCGAGGAUGGCGUCGUCGGCGUCGACGACGCGGACGUCGUCGAGGUGCGGGGGAGCGACGGCGUCAAGCUGCUCGGGCCGGACUCGGUGCUCGCCGCGGCGAGCGGCGGCAAGGAGGAGGGCACCGGCGCGGUGGCGGCGAUCCGGAUGCCGAUGCUGAAGGUGUCCGACUUCAAGGGCGGCACGCCGGAGGUGAUCCAGACGAGCUACGCCGUGCUGGUGCUGGUGCCCCCCGCCGGCAAGAGCUGGGGGCGGCACGAGAUGGAGAUCGUCGAGGUGGUCGCCGGCCAGGUCGCCGUCGCGCUGUCGCACGCGACGCUGCUGGAGGAGUCCCGGGCGAUGCGGGACCGGCUGGCGGAGCAGAACCGCGAGCUGCUGCAGGCGCGGCGCGACGCGCUCAUGGCGAACGAGGCGAGGCAGGCGUUCCAGGGCGUGAUGAGCCAGGGGAUGCGCCGCCCGAUCCACUCCAUCCUCGGCCUCGUGUCCAUGGUGCAGGAGGAGGCCCUGGCGCCGGAGCAGAGGCUCGUCGUCGACACCAUGGCGCGCACCGCCACCGUCGUCUCCACGCUCGUCAACGACGUCAUGGAGAUGUCGGCCGACAGCCGCGAGCGCUUCCCGCUCGAGACGCGGCCGUUCCACCUGCACGCCAUGAUCAGGGACGCCGCCUGCGUCGCCCGGUGCCUCUGCGACUUCAGGGGGUUCGGCUUCGCCGUGCACGUCGAGAACGCGCUGCCGGACCUCGUCGUCGGCGACGAGCGGAGGAUUUUCCAUGUCCUGCUCCACAUGGUCGGCAACCUGAUUGGCCGCACCGAGCCCGGGCAUGUCACGCUCCGGGUGCGCGCCGCCGACGACGACGUGCUGGACGACAGGCUCGGCCAGAGGUGGGAUCCAUGGUGGCCGUCCUACUCCACUGGCUACUCCUCGGUGAAGUUUGUCAUUGGUGUCAAGCGGCAGCAGAACGGCGAUGCCGGCUCGCCGCUGUCGCGGAGGCCGAGUGGGAAGGGCAUUGAUCUCAGACUUAGCUUCAGCAUGUGCAGAAAGCUUGUGCAGAUGAUGCAAGGGAACAUCUGGGCGAUUCUUGAUCCCCAAGGGCUACCGGAGAGCAUGACUCUGGUGCUCAGGUUUCAGCUGCAAUCGCCACUGACAUCAUCAAGCCUUGGAGGAUCAUUCGAGCAGAAGCACUCGUCGCCGUCGUGCCAGAUUGCAGGCCUGAAGGUUCUGCUUAUCGACGACGAUGACGACAUCAACCUUGUGGUUGCUCGGAAGCUAUUGGAGAAGCUCGGCUGCGUGGUCUCCUCGCCGCCUUCAGGAUCAGGAUUUCUCAGCUCUGUUGGCUCCUCAGCAGCAGCCUUCCAGCUUGUCAUGGUGAACCUCGAAAUGAAGAGAGUAAAAGCCCUUGAUGUCGCGACGAGGAUCAGCCAGUACAGGAGCGGCCGAUGGCCAAUCGUCAUGGCCAUGGCUUCCGACCAGAAGGCCUGGGAGAAGUGCGCUCAAUCCGGGAUCAAUGGCAUCCUCAAGAAGCCGGUGAUUCUGCAGGAGUUGAAAGACGAGCUGGCGCGAAUUCUUCAGAGCACAUGAUGCUGAUGUUUGCUGGAGGUCUGUUUGUCUAAGAGCUCUGAAGUCUGAAUCGGUAAAAGCUGUGAAUCCUGUGAUCAGUGUACAACCUCGUCAUCCAGCAUUGAAGAAUGAAGAACUCAGAAGAAUUCUGUGAUCAGUGUACAAUCUCGUCAUCCAGCAUUGCAGAAUGAAGAACUCAAAAGAUCUUCGCGGCGAAAACGGGGAACAUCUCUAACGAAAGAAAGGGUGCCCUGAUGGAUGGCAAGAACACAUGGAAUCUUGGCAGCAAUGGCGUCCCCGAGAAAUCUUCUUCGCACAAAUUUUGUAAUAUGAGUUUGAGUGGGAAUACAAGUCGUGUAAUUUUCUAAUGAUCGAGAUGUACACUCGGGUGAAGUCAAGGGAAUUCGUACUUGACUCUCUCUGUCAAAGCAAAUCAUGAGAUUGGAAUCAAUGAGAUGAUAUCUCAAAACACUUUCAGUUGCA